UUUCAGUAAUCAACCGGAACAAAUGACAACUCGCUACGACUAUGCAUUGCUUGAAUUUACAGCCAAUUUGGCUGAAGCAGAAGCCAACUAUGGUCAAAAGCUGCAAUCAAUCAUUGACACAUUCUCACAAUCGAGACUAGACCUCCCACUAAAAAGAUUAUCAGAAAUCGCAAAAGUGCACAGUCGAACGGCGAAUAACUUGAAAAAAUAUAUGGAUCCAAAGAAGAAUGAACAUUUGAACUUAUGGAAAAUGUGUAAUGUCUAUUCAUGUGGGGCUGUAGAUUUGGAUAAAGCAAUGAGAGAGACAAGAUCAUCAUUGAGAACAAAAAUGGCUGUAGAUGGAACUGUAAUUGAGAAACCAAAACGACGACAUUUUUUCAAUUCAAUUCAUUCGCAUCUGAACUCAACAAAACAUUCAGAAACAGAAAACAGCGGGAGAAGAUGGUUUCCAAAACUUCCUGAAAGAAAAUCAGAAUUGAGAUCAAGUCGAAAAAAUACAAGUUCUUCUCUUGAAUGUAUUGAGAAGGAUGAACGAGUUCUAGCUGGAUCUAAGUCAACUCCACCGACACCACCUGCUAUUAGAUCUCAUGCACAAUUACAAGCAAGUCCAUCAGUUGCACCGGAUACUCAGUUAAAACCACCUCGACCACCGAUUCGUUCAGCGGUUCCUGAUCCUCCAUCAACAAUUCCACCACCAGUACCAAUUUCCUCUCCACCUCAAAUCUACGCAACACCGAUCUAUGAAGAUCUACAAAAAGCAUCGAAUCCUUAUGUUAACAGUAAAAAUAAUAGAAUUGGAAUUGUUGAAGAGCACUCACUACGUCAUAUAGAUUCACCCAAAAAUACAUCAGUUAUUAGAAUUCGAACAGAUGUUGAUGUUUCACAAGAAACUAAAAAUAAUGAGACAAGUGUGAAUGUAUAUGAUAGUCCAUUUAUCAAUAAAAGUCAUUAUGUCAAUAUUCGACCUCCUAUUGCUCAAAAGCCUAAGCUUAUCCAACCAGAUACAACUCCGCCACCGAAAACUGAAAAAGAUGUGACACCUACAUUUAUAUCAGUUGAAUGUUAUCAAUCUACAGUUCCUAUUCCUUCUCCACGUACUUAUUAUCAUACGAGUGAUAUUCCAUCAUCACAACGUUCCUCGUCUUCUGCGUAUUCAUCAAAUUAUUCAACAUCAUCAUCCUCGAAUGUAACAUCAUUCGCAGUGGAUAACGUAACUAAUGAUCCGAAAACGGUCGAGAAUGCUCGAUAUGUCCGAAUUGAAUCCCCUGACGGUGUGCUCCAUCGAUUUUAACUGUGUGUAAUAAUACAAAUGAUGGAUAUAUUUAAUUUCAUUUAAACUCUCGAAUAUCCGAUGUGGCAAUGAAUGAUGCUUC